CACACCUUGGUUAGAGAGUUACCCAUUAACUCGCCCUUCUGGGAAGCAGCUGCCGAGCACAGCCCGAUUCAACCUUUGCACAACAUUUCUCCAUGUUUACAGUGAAAGGAAAAAGAAGAUGUAGACGCGGACAGACAGACAGACAGACAGACAGAGAGACAGACAGCAGGUGAACUCGCUGAAGCUACAGGGGCCGACGCAGACAGGUGAGCAGAGCAAGAAAAGUGUGGUUGAUAUUUCCACUCGCUUGUGGGAUGAUACAUCUGCCACCACCUCUCACUUGUUACUCAACCCCUGUCACUCAACGUGGCCACCUAGUGGAGCUGUGAGGGCCAAUCACCCUCCUGGUCAAGAGAGAUAUUCCACUACCUCCCUCCUCUGGGGAGGCGCCUGCUCUGCAACAUCUCCCUCAGAUCCCUCUCUCUUUUUUAUUUUCACCUACUGAGGACAAUAUAACACUGAGCAGAGUUUGAUUUUACCAGACUUGGGUUGAUGAAACAUUUAAAACCUCUGUUGGAUCUUAUAUAAAGUGGAGUUCUUCACCAGAGGGUCACAGGCACCGUCCUGUCCCCUGACAUACAUGCCUGUGUGAUAUACUCCCAUCAUCCAUGGCUUCACACUGGAGUUAAUUGUGCCCAGAGCAAGAAACAGGUCUCAUCCAACAAAGAAGCAAAUUGAGCCACGGAGGACGAGUCACUCUAGUCCAAUAAGAGCAAAGCCAGAUGGAACUAUCAUCAAAUGGCAGUUUCUCUACACCGACACCAACCACAGCAUUCAAUGAAACAAGACCGACAGACAAAUACACCAAUCACAACUGGGAGUUCCUGGCGGCCGUCCUGGGAACAGCCAUCUUUAUCUCCAUCGCCAUCGCCCUCCUGGCUAAAUGCCACGUUGUCCAGCGUUACCUGGCCAGCUACCGGCACACACGGCUGAGGGAGGCGGACACGGUCAGCCAGUUAGAUCCGUCAGGCCUUGACGUUGGGUUCAGGAUGCACAGUGGUCGUGGAGAGAACCCUCACUGUGUCCCUCCCGUGAUCGAGGAAGACGACGACGGCUUCAUCGAGGACAACUACAUCCCGGCCAGCGAGCGAGCGAGGGCAGAGCGAGCAGCGGAGAUCAUGGAGGACACUGAGGAGGAGAUGGACGAGAUUGAAUUCACCAUCGCUUAGUGUCGAGUGUCUCCACUCAGCUGAACCACUAAAUCCACUCCCACCUUUUCUUUAGUUUGUGUUUAUUUCUGUGAGAUUCAUAUUGUCAGUCACAAAAGAGGCAAUUUUUAAACACUGGUUAAGUUUUGUAAAAUGUAAAAACCUGGGCUUGCGUGCGUCUGAAUUUCAAGGAAGCGCAGAAGUGCACUAGUUCUCAACGUGUGGUCUAAUGACGAGUCACAGUGGUCAUGUUUUAUCUGUCAGCAUAGCGACGACAGUAACAGUAAAUUAUUUGUUACUUAUUUAUUAGUGAUAAUCAAAGGGAUAAACUGUAAAGGUUUAAAUAGAAAAGAGAUUAACAGGUCUUCUCAUAGACUGUAUAUAAAGACGGACGACGUGACGACUCCCCAAAAGUGAAGCCAGUGUGUUAUUAGCGUCCUCCGGUGGCUGGCUGCAGUAUAGGCCAUAAACCAGCCUCCUCCAUGUUAGUGGAUGGGAUGUGGGCCAAACUAAUGGUUUCUGUCUAUUUACGAAAGUUCUUAUCGCACUGAUGUUUGUGAGGACGUAAUUGGCACAAAAUGGCAGCGCUCGAAUACAGGGAAUAUUUUGGCUUCAUAUCUGGAUAGUGGGAGGAAGUGGAGACGCGUCGUCCAUCUUUUCAUGCAGCCUACGGGUCAUCUGUAUAUAUAUUAACCAAUCACCUGUGUCUCUUGACAGUUAUCGAUUGGUUGAUUGAUUUGCUGAAGCUGUAUUACAAGUCAUGUACAUUAUCUUGGACGGAUGAUCUCAGCUGUGGAGAGGAACAUUUCACUUUGCACUCUCAUGUUUCGUCAGGGAUAAAUAAGCAAAUGUGUGUGUACAUGGAUGAAUUAUACAAUGAAUUGAUUAAAAAUCCGUUUUACUUGCUGAAACUUGAGGAACUCUGACUGGCGAAUAAACUAUGAUGCUUUUCAAAAA